AUGGCGAGCGAGAAUGAACCGGCGAAGCUGCUUCUUCCUUACCUUCAGAGAGCCGAUGAGUUGCAGAAACACGAGCCCCUCGUCGCCUAUUAUUGUCGAUUGUACGCGAUGGAACGUGGAUUGAGAAUUCCUCAGAAGGAGCGUACAAAGACGACCAACGCUCUACUUGUUUCGCUCAUAAAUCAGCUUGAGAAGGAUAGGAAGUCAUUGACUUUGGGGCCUGAUGAUUAUCUACAUGUGGAGGGAUUUGCCUCAAAUGUCUUUUCGAAGGCAGACAAACAAGAUAGAGCUGGGCGGGCCAAUUUGAACACUGCAAAAACAUUUUAUGCUGCAAGCAUUUUCUUUGAAAUCCUGAAUCAGUUUGGAGAGAUUCAGCCUGAUCUUGAACAGAAACAAAAGUAUGCAGUAUGGAAAGCGGCAGAUAUUCGGAAAGCUCUGAAAGAAGGAAGGAAACCUGUGCCAGGUCCUCCUGGUGGUGAUGAAGAUCUGUCUGUACCAUCAAGUGCACCAAGUGGUGGAUACGAUCUUGAACCUAGCAGAAGUGAUUCCACCACCAGAUUCGACUCGAGCAGGACUGAUCCCUCCACACCAAUCCCUCCAGAUUCAAAUUCAUCACCUCAGCCAUACGAUAAGCUCAAUUCCCAAUAUCCGACCGACAAUAUUUCACAACCCUCAAAUGUUACUAAUUCGCCCUUUACAAUCCCUCCAUCCCCGCCUCACUAUCCAACCAACGAAUACCCGUCCCACAAUUUUCAACAGGCACCUGAAAAUUUUCACCAGCCUCAGCCUCCUGAUAAUAUUCACCCCCAGCAAUACAAGCCCGAACUGCCCCACCACCUUCCUCAACAUUACAUACCCCAAGACAUGGCCCCACCAUACUCAUACCCAAAUUUCCAAUCCUACCCCAGCUUUUCCGAGAGUACACUUCCUGCAGCUCCAUCUAACCACCCUUCUUUUUACCAAGGCCCAGAUGCUUCCUAUUCCAAUUCUUCGCCAGCUGGCGCGGCUAGUUAUCCUUCGGCUGUGCAGUAUGCCCCAGCCAAUAGGAACGGGAAUGUUCCGGAAGCUUCUCAAACUACGAUGCCAAAGUACGAGUAUGACUCUAAUUAUCAGCCUCCACCUGAGCAAAUUGCGGAGGCGCACAAGGCAGCUAGGUUUGCAGUUGGUGCAUUGGCGUUUGAUGACGUUUCUGUGGCAGUCGAGCAUCUUAAGAAGUCACUUGAGUUGUUGACUAGGCCAUCGGCUAGACGUUGA